AGCCUUAUCAGCAAAAAGAGUAGUGUUCAUUCAUAUUAACGUAACUUAUAACAUUUCUUAUAUUUUAAAUUUCAUAUCUAAUCAGAUAUGUUUGAACUUUGUAUAAAAGUAUAAACUACUGCAGUAAAACUAAAGAUUAAGUAAUUUAAGGACAAAAUUAAGACAAGGAUAAUAAUAUGAUUUGUUAAUAAAAGUGUCAAACUUCAAGUCAAAAGGAGAUUUUUAUAAUUGUCCGAAACUUGUAAUUAUUCUACACAAAAAGGGAAAAAAGAAAAAAUAUUGACCAUUUAGAUUAAAGAAGAAAUAAUUGAUCAGCUUAACAUCAACGCAACUCGUAGAAAAAAAAAAAAACAUUAUCACAUUUAUCAACUCUUUACUAGUAUUAUUUUUCCGUCAAGCACAACAACUGUCACGGAAGCAUUUUAGAUCUGAAUUGAGAGAAACGUUGAAGAUGUCUUGGCAAGCAUAUGUUGAUGACCAUUUGAUGUGUGAGAUUGAGGGUAAUCAUCUCACUUCUGCUGCUAUUAUUGGCCAAGAUGGAACUGUUUGGGCUCAAUCUGCUAAUUUCCCCCAGUUCAAGCCAGAAGAAAUAAACGGCAUAAUGAAUGACUUCGCGGAACCUGGAACACUUGCUCCAACUGGUUUGUAUCUUGGGGGAACAAAAUACAUGGUGAUUCAAGGAGAGCCAGGAGUGGUGAUCCGAGGGAAGAAGGGUCCAGGUGGUAUCACCAUUAAGAAGACCAACCAGGCUUUGAUCAUUGGAAUAUAUGAUGAGCCAAUGACUCCUGGGCAGUGCAAUAUGAUUGUUGAAAGGCUGGGUGACUAUCUUGUUGAGCAAGGUCUCUAGGCAUUGUGUAUCAAUAUCAUCCUCACAUAAUUAUGGCCGUUAAGAAGUCAUCAUGCGUGUUGUUUACUGAGGAGAAGUUUGUAAUCAUCAACUGCUCUAUCGUUGUAUUUCUUUUUUCUAUGUUUUUACUGGUUUAAGCUUUUGUCAUUGAGCACUUGGUUGGUUAUAUAUAAUGGAAUUGCUUAAAUUUGGA